AUGAAUCACUCGCUUGACCCCCAAGCCACCUGGGAUGACCAGGGUUUGUGGUUUGCGCUCGUCUUCAAUGGCGUCGCACUUGCCGCGUUUGGAGGUUUUAGUCUUUUCCUCCUUGCCACACCAUCCCUUUGGCUACGGCGCCUCUACUGCACCAACCACACCACAACUGUGACCCAGGGGUCAGGCGCGGCAUCGCCAAAAAAGUCAUCAGGGGAAGCAUCACCCGUCGUCGGCACCGCCAACACAUCGACUGCAGCGUUUUCCACCACUUCUCCCUUGCUUUCUCAACGCCGUGUGGGUUGUGUCUUGCCGUACCGUUGCUCGCUCUUUUCCCUUCCUCACUUGCGUGACUGGCUGAGCGUCGAGGAGGAGGUGGCGCAUCUGGAGAGUGUCAUUCAGCCAGAUGCGACAGCCAUUUCUUCUUUUCUUCAACAUAAUGAAGGCGGCACUGCGUCAAAACCAGCCUGUUCCAUUUCUGCAGCAGAAAAAAGGACACGAGUGCCCUUUGAUCCGCAGGUUGCUCUCUACCUUGCCUUCCUAAAGUUGUUUGCGACCGUAUUUAUUGUCAGUGGAAUUUUCAACAUGUGGAUCUGCGUGCUCUCUGGGACAGAUGACUACAUAGAAAGCUACAUGGCGCGGCGUGAUAUUCACCAUUGUCGUCUGCUGUAUAAUGAGACGGCCUGUAGCGCCAAGGCCCCGUUUUGUCGCUACGUAGGGACGGAUUGCUACCCGGUCAGACUUCCGGGCCUUUAUGACCUCUCAGUGCAAAAUAUCUGGCCACAGAGCUGGCGUCUUUGGGUUGUGGGGUUUUUGGACAUAUGUUUUUCAGCCGUGUAUGUUGUGGCUGUCCUGUUUUUUCUUCGGCGCGUCGAUGCCUACAUCACGUACGUAAUGCGACUCCAGAUGGAACACGCACUUGGUCAUCGUGUGGCGGUUGUGCGAGGCUUAAAUCAGGAUAUGAUGUCCGAUGCGAGCUUCCGUCAAGCGUUCCUUCAGGCUGGGGCUUACUUUAGACUGAGGGGAGGGAGCAGCGGCCAGGUUGUGAAGGGGGAUCGGCCCUGCAAUGAGGAGGAGGAGGAGGAGGAGGACGAGGCGCAUUACCAGUGCGAUUUUACAGGCUUUAGUUGCCUCUUUUCUAUUCUUGGUUUCAGUUACUACAAGACCACGCGUAAGGAUGCCAUCUUUACGAAGGAAUGCAGCGUGCAGCAGCUGCUUUUUCCCCGUGAGCCGCCGUCGGGUAUGUAUCGUACCAUGGAGAAGACAGAGUCUGCCAUGGAGGAGCUGCAGGAGGCGAUUGCUGACCAAAAGCUAUAUUUAAGGAAACAACAAGAACGACUCUCAGAUUUGUCUCAGGAGGAGGCUGGAAUGGAGGAAGCUCUCAUGAUGCGCGCACCGUGCCCUUCGUGUUGUAGCAAAAUUCCCAAGGUAGAGUUUAGAAAGAAAGCAUUUAUUGCAGAGGCCACACGGCUAAAUCAAUUUAUUGAUGACGCUGCUGUUGAAGCUAAAAAAGGGUCUGCCUUUAUUAUUUUUUCGGAUGCGCUUGCAGCGUAUGAGUUUGUGAACCUCUUUGAGUUGCGUCGUGGAGGUGUAUCGGGGACACGAGCCACCAUCGCAGGACCCCCAGAUGACAUCAUUCAUUUUAACCUCACGACAGAUCGAUACAUGGGUUGGCUGCGAACGGUUGCGGUCAUCAUGGCCUUCACCGUGCUUCUCUUUUUUUGGGCUAUACCCGUCGGGUUUGUCAGCUCCCUCAACAAUCUUGCGUAUAUUCCUGGCAUCGGUAAAUCGGUGUUGAACUAUUACAUGAAAACACCUGAAGGCGUUCGGGGCGUCAUUGCGGCGUUUCUCCCGGUUCUGAUGUUGGGGAUUUUUAAUUUGGUACUUCCGUAUGUUAUUCGUGGCUUUGUGAUUGCCAUGGGGGUUGUGAACCGGGGUGAACUUCACGGUGGCGAGCUGUAUCUGCAGUACCUCUUUAUGGUACUCACGGGGGUUAUUUUUCAGGCGGCGCUACAAGGUGGUAUGUCUCAGCUUGCAGACCUAAUUGCCGAUCCGUCAAGUGAGGCAGUUAUUAGUUUUUUUGUCGCCAUCGUCAGCCCAAAUGGUGGCUACUGGUACGCCAAAGUCAUCACAGCAACCUGCCUUUCCACGUGGAUGCAAUUUAUCGACCCCAUACGGCUUAUUGCGGCUCUACUGCGACGCAAAACUGUGAGUGUCCAGCGUGUCUACGACAGACUUUUCAGGGCAGACAAUUUUGACUGGCCGUACUGUUACAGUUUUGACCUUACGAUACUCGCGAUGGGGCUUCUUUUCCACAUGACCGUCCCACUAUUGGCUGUGUUUGUGGGCCUCUACUUUGUCGUGCGGUACGUGACGCAAAGGGGCAGGUUAUAUGACCGCUACAGGCCGAAAACUGAGCCACUGGAUGACUGUACGGUAUUCACUGCUUCCGCUCAAGUUAUUCGGGCGGCCACCUGGUUAUACUGCCUUGGCGGCAUUGGUGCAGUGCUGUUUAUGAGUAUGCGCAAACACGUGGGUGGUGUUGUACUUUGCUCCGUGUCCUUGGCGGCUGGUAUUUUGCUCCUUGGGCGCGUUCACUCUGUGUCGCGCCACUGGGUGAAUUCCCUCGCUAACGCACGGCGAUUUCUCCGGCACAAGGCGGCGGUCCAAACACAGUACGGCACAAUGGCUGGCUCGGCUGCAACACAAACCGGAGAGCAAAAAAAUGACAUGUCGGUGGCGCCGCCACCAUCGACGAAUGCUGUCUUGGAAAGCUGCACGAUAGUGGAGCUUGCCACGCCGCCUUUGCCAGGAAACCGCGAAGGCGGUGGUGAUGGCAAUGGGGCCGCAACUGGCAGAAGCAGCCGCAACGGGGACAACCAUAAGAAUGCCGAUGAUAAUAAUACAAAUGAUGCUGCUAGCGGUGGUGCUACUGGUGAUGGUGCUGCCGGUGCACGUGAGGGACCGACAUCGUUUGGCAAUCGUCUGAGGGACUCCAAGACGGAGCUGCUGCCGCAUAACCCGAAUGCCAAUUCCCGUUACCAACCCGAGCACCAGCAGCUGAUGCAUAUUGACGUGGAGCAAGUGAUACGGAGUAUGGAAGAUACGGUGUUUCACGUCGAGCGCUACUGGAACUUCAAGUUCAACUUGCAGCAUAAUGCGGAUGUGGCUUUUUAG